GUUUUUUGUAUCAAAAAUUUUAAACCAGUCUUAAAAUAAAAUUUAUAUCAAAGCAUAAGUCUAUUUAUUAGCUUAAAUAUGAGUUAUUAUUAAAGUCAAUAUAAUUAGUUUGGUGUUCAAUCAAAUUAGUAUGGAAGCUAAUAUGCUAGUUAGUAUUAGGUGAGGGACCCAUUUCAAUCUUAAUAUAAUAAUGCAUAAGCUCAAGCUGGUGGAUAAAAUGGAUUUUAGGUCAAUUUUUCAGAUUCUGAGGCAGAAGAAUAAGAAGAUAAUAUUUAUAGAAAUAAAAUGGUUGUUAAUAAGGUGAAUUCAAACCAGAGAAACACAUAAAAUGCAGCUCAAGAAAACCAAUAAUAAAGCGGCAAGAAAUAUGAUAAUAUAUAUGUUUCAGGUAAGAACUAAGAGCUAUACAAGAAUAGAGACAUUGAUAAAGGUUAAGAAGAUGAAUUCUUUCAAGAUUCUAAUUAAAAACCUUUUUAUGCUGCAAGUUUUGAUUUUUAAGGUUAAAGUGCUCCUAUAGUUUAUCAAAGGAUAGAUUAAGUUCCUGAAAAGCCAAUUUAGCUUAUAGCAUAUGAUGCAAAUUAGGAUAAAUUUUUUUUAAAUCAGGAAGCUCUAUCUAUUAUCAAGCUAUAUGAUGAUCCAAUAAGUUUUGUUUCAGUAGCUGGUAAAUAUCGUACAGGAAAGUCUUUUAUUUUAAAUAAGCUGCUAAAUAUUAAAGGAAAAGGAUUUAAAGUUGAUGCUUCAACCUAGAGCUGCACAUAAGGUAUUUGGAUGUGGAGUAGGCCAGUCCCUUAAGAUAAUAAAUAAAUAUUCUUUAUUGACACUGAAGGAAAUAAAAGUGUUGAAGGAAAUAAGAAACAUGAUGCAAAAAUAUUUUCUUUAGCUUUGUUGAUAUCAAGUUUAUUUGUCUAUAAUAGUGUAGGCGCUAUUGAUGACAAGUCAAUAUAGGAAUUAUAGUUAACUACAUAAAUCUCUAGAAAUAUUCAAGUAACUAAUAAUGUAUCAUAAAAUGACAAAUUAAUAAGCGAAUACACUCCUAAAUUUAUUUGGUUAUUAAGAGAUUUUGUUUUAGAAGUAGUUGAUUCUAAUGGACAAUAAAUAACUCCUAAUUAAUAUCUCCAUAAUUGCUUGACUGACUAAACCUCCAUUUAGAAGCAAAGCCCAAUCAGUAAAAGAGUUAGAGAAGCACUAUUAUAAUUUUUCCGCUAAAGAGAGUGUUUUACAAUGGUUAGACCUGCUACUUCAGAAGAAGAUCUUAAAAAUUUAGACAAUCUUGCAUUAGAGAGAUUAAGACCAUAAUUCUAAAGAGAAUUAAAUGCAUUAAGAACUAAAAUAUUUUAAAUGGCAGACCCAAAAAUGAUGGAAGGAAAUAUAUUAAAACCAGCAAUAUUCGUAGAACUUAUUAAAAAGUAUGUUGAUUAGAUUAAUGAGAAAGAUGGUGUCCCAGAUAUAAAAUCUGCAUGGGAUAAUAUUUUAGAGGGUGAAGCUUAAGUUAGUUAUGAAAAAGCUAUUCAAGCCUAUCAAGAAAUGAAAAUAAAGCUUUUCAGCUCUGACGAAAAAACGUUCACAUAAAAGCAAAUAGAAGAAAAUAUUAAGAAGCUAAGGUAGUAUGCCACUAAAAUUUUUGAAGAUGGUAUUUCUGUAAAACAGUAAAAUGAGUAUUACACAGAUUACAAACAGAAACUUGAGCUUUUAAUAUAAAACUAAGAGAAAAUGAUAGAAUAAGAAAAUAAUACCUUUGCUGAUACAGGAAAUUAGGAGAUAUUGAUAGAAAUGCAUAAUGAUUUUAAUGCUCAGCACUUUGAUUUAGAAAACAUAGAAGAAUUUGCUCAAAAAGUGAAAGAGGCGAUUUUAAGGUAUAAUUAAGAAGGCAAAGGGUCAAACAAAAUGGAGAUCUUUUCAUAAUACUUCCCAGAUAUUUUACAUGAAUAAUUACUAAGAUUAGCUACUGGUAACAAUCAUGCUUAGGAAAUAGAAGAGCUAUAGGCUUAAAUUUAAACAUUAAAGCAACAGCUAGCUGAUACAAAGAAAAAUGCAGAACUCUAAAAAACGAAUGCUGUUGCAGAAUAUAAAAAGUAAGUUGAAACUUUAAAAUCAUAAAUAGCAAAUUACGAACAAGCAGAAAAAGACAAUAAGUCUUUGAUGGACGUGCUUAAAAAGAAAGCAAAUAAUGCAACAGAAGAAAAUCAGAAACUUGAAUAAUAACUCCAAGCUAAGGAGGCUGAGUUGAUGAAGAUUUAAAUCUAACUUAAAGUAAGUUUCUUUAAUUUUAGAAAAAAAGUUAAUUUAUACAUAUAAAAAGGAAGCCUAACUUGCUGCUAAGAAGAAUAAAUCAAAGUGUGGCUGUUUUUGAUUAGAAAAAUAAAUAAAUAUUCUAAAAUAUUUAAUUUUUUUCAAAAUUAUAAUAAAAAUUAAAUUAUUUCAGCUGCUAUUUAAUAAAUAUAGCAAAUUAAUUAAACUUGUUAAAGAGAGAUAAAGAUUUAACAAAUUAAAGUUACUAAUUAUUUAUUUAUAAAUUAAAAACUAUUAUACAAAAUAUGUAUGCAUAUUCAAAUAUAUAUAAGUAUUAUUCAAAUAGUAAGUUUAUGA